AUGAAGAGCAACAUUAUUUUUGCUCUUUUCAGCAUGGCUCUUGUCGCCGUUGCCGCCCCGACCGGUGAGCUAGCAGACCUUUUCUGCAAUAAUGGCGGUGGUGACAAAGGUGUUGGUCUCGGUGCGGGCCUCGGUGAUGGCAUAGCCUCCGCUCUGGGCGGUGGGGGCGGCGGUGGCGGCUCCAUUGGCGAUGGGAUUGGCGGCGGUUUUGGGGGAGGCUUUGGUGGGGCGACGGGAGCCGGCGCUGGUGCAGGUCUCGGCGCUGGACUGGGAGAGGACGAUGAGUAUGAUGAUUGA